AUGUUGACCCAGAUGGCUUAUAGACGGGGGCAGGGACGGGCAGCAUGGUCCCAGCCUCAGAGAAGAGGACAGGAGUAUUCAGGUAAAGCUGUAUAUUAAGACACACAUCUUGAUAUAGGAGGACAAUCUACUGAACGUGGCCCUACACUCAUGAUAACCAUCCUUCCCAAUCUCUCACUUCUGCAUCUAUAUACCCCAGUGUUUGACUUGGGCAGGAGCUCACCGGAGCGGAGUACCGGCACCUCACAUGUUCUACUGCUUGAGCUCCUGUUCCUUUUACAGAAUAUUAGCUCAGAAGUAUUGUGGAGCUCCUGCACCUAAAUAUAAUCAGUACUGGCACCCAAAAUGAGUACCGGAACCUAUUUCAGUCCAAGUCCAGCACUGUAUAUACCUCUUUCCUUCCUGUCUUACCUCUACCUCCCUAUCUACCUCACUCCACUCAUACCACCAUCCAACCCCCCUCUCCCUCUCCCUCUCUCUCUCUCUCCCCCUCCCUCUCUCUCUCUCCCUCCCUCUCUCUCUCCCCAGACCUCCAGGACACAUACCUCCUCCAUGGGGAGCCUAGCCCACCUCUCAGUGACCUGUCUCUCCAUGCCUCCUGGUGGACCGGCAGGGACGAGCACAAUGAGAUCGGGGUAAGCUAGUGUGUGUGUGCUUAACAAAGAAACAUUUGUGUGGGUUUGAGAGUCAGUCAGGUGAGAAUGAGAGCGCUAGAAUAGUGGGUUUGUGUGUGUUAACAACUUCUGUCUUUUCUUCUCAGGAGCAACUGUCUGAGCGAUACCAGCACGUUGCCAGACUACAGGAUGCACUGAGGCGAGAGAGGGAGAAGGUGUGUGUAAUGUAUCAUGAGUUUGAUGGAAAAUAUUGACGAUGUUGAUGAAUAACCUUUUCCCCCUCAUCUCUUUCAACCCCGCACGCACCCACACGUUCUGAAGGGUUCCAGCCUGCAGUCUCGGUGUAGCCAGCAGGGGUCAGAGUUGAGGCGUAAAGAGCAGCACAGCGCCAGACUGAAGGAGAGACUAAGCCAACUCACAGAGAGACACAGAGAGAGAGGCGCCUGUAAGGAUGUCUGUCUAACCCUCUCUCACUUAAUGUGCCCUCUCACAUUCUAUAUCACUCCAUCUUUCUAACUUUCUCCCAGUCUUACACACACACACCAUUCUAUCACUCGCCUUCUACCUACCUAAGUCACUCUCUUACCCAUUCUGUUUGUGUUACACACACACACUGUCUCACUCUCUCUCAACUCUCUCUCUUCCUCUCCUCCUUUCUCUCGGUCUCUCUCUUUCUCUCAAUGUAAUUUCAAUUUAAAGGGCUUUAUUGGCAUGGGAAACAUAUGUUACAUUGCCAAAGCAAGUGAAAUGGAUAAUAAACAAAAGUGAAAUAAACAAAACAUUAACAGUAAACAUUAUUCAAAUGUCAUAUUAUGGAAAUAGUUAAAGUGCAAAAAGGAAAAUAAAUAAACAUAAAUAUAGGUUGUAUUUAAAAUUGGUGUUUGUUCUUCACUGGUUGCCCUUUUCUUGUGGCAACAGGUCACAACUAUUGCUGCUGUGAUGGCACACUGUGGUAUUUCACCCAAUAGAUAGGGGAGUUUAUCCAAAUUGGAUUUGUUUUCAAAUUAUUUGUGGGUCUGUGUAAUCUGAGGGAAGUCUGUGUCUCUAAUAUGGUCAUACAUUUGGCAGGAAGUUGGGAAGUGCAGCUCAGUUUCCAUCUCAUUUUGUGGGCAGUGUGCACAUAGCCUGUCUUCUCUUGAGAGCCAGGUCUGCCUACGGUGGCCUUUCUCAAUAGCAAGGCUAUGCUCACUGAGUCUGUACAUAAUCAAAGAUUUCCUUAAUUUUGGGUCAGUCACAGUGGUCAGGUAUUCUGCCACUGUGUACUCUCUGUUCAGGGCCAAAUAGCAUUCUAGUUUGCUCUGUUUUUUUGUAAAUUAUUUCUAAUGUGUCAAGUAAUUCUCUUUUUGUUUUGUCAUGAUUUGGUUCGGUCUAAUUGUGUUGUUGUCCUGGGGCUGUGUGGGGUCUGUUUGUGUUUGUGAACAGAGCCCCAGAACCAGCUUGCUUAGGGGACUCUUCUCCAGGUUCAUCACUCUGUAGGUGAUGACUUUGUUAUAGAAGGUUUGGGAAUCGCUUCCUUUUAGGUGGUUGUAGAAUUUAACGGCUCUUUUCUUGAUUUUGAUCAUUAGCGGGUAUCGGCCAAAAUCUGCUCUCCAUGUAUUAUUUCGUGUUUUGCGUUGUACACAGAGGAUAUUUCUGCAGAAUUCUGCAUGCAGAGUCUCAAUUUGUUUUUUUCUCUCUCUCUGUCUCUCUCCUCCUACUUUCUCUCUCUCUCUCUCUGUGUCUCUCUCCUCCUCCUUUCUCUCUCUCGCUCUCUCUCUCUCUGUGUCUCUCUCCCUCCUCCUUUCUCUGUGUCUCUCUCUCUGUGUCUCUCUCUCUGUGUCUCUCUCCCUCCUCCUUUCUCUCUCUCUGUAGCCAUGGAACUGUUGAACCCAGUGCCCAGAGGCCAGGUGAAGAGAGACCGACCAGCCAGGACCAACGGAAGGUAGGAGGCUGCGUCCCAAAUGGCGCCCUGUUCCCUUUAUAGUGCACUACUUUUGACCAGGACCCAUAGUUGACCACUGGGGCUGUAGACUCCGGUUGUCCCCAAAUCGGACCCCAGAGGUCACCUAUUCUGAUCCAGGAGAUUGAGACGCAGGCUUUUGUUCCAGCCUAGCACUAAUGUACCUGAUUUUAAUGUACCCCAGGAAGGAGGAGGCGGCGCUACGUGUGAUGCUGGAGCGGCGAGAGGCGGAGUUAAGGGAGGCCAUGAAGCUCCGACACAAACUCACCACUCUACUGCACGCGCUCAGAGCAGACAUGGAACGGGUUAGACGGCUCCUAUAGCUCAGAGCAGACAUGGAACGGGUUAGACAGCUCCUAUAGCUCAGAGCAGACAUGGAGCAGGUUAGACAGCUCCUAUAGCUCAGAGCAGACAUGGAACGGGUUAGACAGCUCCUAUAGCUCAGAGCAGACAUGGAGCAGGUUAGACGGCUCCUAUAGCUCAGAGCAGACAUGGAGCAGGUUAGACAGCUCCUAUAGCUCAGAGCAGACAUGGAGCAGGUUAGACAGCUCCUAUAGCUCAGAGCAGACAUGGAACGGGUUAGACAGCUCCUAUAGCUCAGAGCAGACAUGGAACGGGUUAGACAGCUCCUAUAGCUCAGAGCAGACAUGGAGCAGGUUAGACGGCUCCUAUAGCUCAGAGCAGACAUGGAGCAGGUUAGACAGCUCCUAUAGCUCAGAGCAGACAUGGAACGGGUUAGACAGCUCCUAUAGCUCAGAGCAGAUAUGGAGCAGGUUAGACGGCUCCUAUAGCUCAGAGCAGACAUGGAGCAGGUUAGACGGCUCCUAUAGCUCAGAGCAGACAUGGAACGGGUUAUACGGCUCCUAUAGCUCAGAGCAGACAUGGAGCAGGUUAGACGGCUCCUAUAGCUCAGAGCAGACAUGGAACGGGUUAGACAGCUCCUAUAGCUCAGAGCAGACAUGGAACGGGUUAUACGGCUCCUAUAGCUCAGAGCAGACAUGGAACAGGUUAUACGGCUCCUAUAGCUCAGAGCAGACAUGGAGCAGGUUAGACAGCUCCUAUAGCUCAGAGCAGACAUGGAGCAGGUUAGACGGCUCCUAUAGCUCAGAGCAGACAUGGAGCAGGUUAGACGGCUCCUAUAGCUCAGAGGUGAAAGUGGCCCUAGACGCUGUUUUGCAUUUUCCCCACUAAUGGUAAAGGUUGUGAUUGGGGGAGGGGAUGCUGGUCCUAGGUUUGUACCUAGGGGAAACUUCCCUCCCGGUGUGUUUCCUGGUCCUGGGGAGUGGUCUCCACCAAAGGGGGGGCCUUAGCACUAACACAAUUGGUUCAACUUCCGGUCCCCAGGGCCAGGAUUGGGAAACACUGCCCUAGCCCCUACAGCCCUUCCUAGUGCACAGAUCUGAGAGGAAUAGAUGGGUGAAAGCAGUACAGCAAAAGCAACAACUUAUUAACCCUUGUAUUAAGUCCCUUCAGAUCUGUAACCAUUCAAUGAGUAGGGUCUUGGGGCUGGAGUAACGGCGCUAUGGAUGGGAACUGGAACUUGGGCACGGUCAGCAGGACACAAUGUUUUGGAACGUUCAGAUAGAAAUAUGUUAUGUAGAACUAACAUGCCUUUCCGACAUGUAGAAAUAUGGAAUAAUGUAAAGUCUAUUUAUGGCAUUUCUAUCUGCAAUAUUCAGCAACGUUUGGCAACUGGACCCAACACUGGGUAUGGUUGCGAGAGAGAGGAUUGAGCUGAUUGGCUGAAAGCUACUACUUUGUAACUUUUCCCCCAGACCUUAUUGGACACUGUAGGUGACCAGGAAGAGGACCCUAAUGACGACAAGAUGCUGGUCCAAUCAGAGGAGUCCCUGGGCGACCAUGUGACAGGGGGUGUGGUCCAUGGAUGGAAGGGUGUGCAGAGGAGACUAGGGAACCUCCUGAGUCAGGGUGAGGGGGGGAUGAGGCACGAAAUGGCACCAUAUUCCCUAUGUAGUGCACUACUUUUGACCAUAGGGCCAUUUCGGACGCACACAGCAACUAGUAGGAGAUUAACAUGAAUUUGUUUAUGAAUAAAACAAUGUUACUACAGGGGUUUGACAGUGUGUGUGUGUUUAGGUCACGUGGCUGUGGGGACUGACCAGGAUAAGCUCUUGGCUCAGCUAGAGACAGAGUUGGAUCAGAGUCAACAGCUGGUCAAACUGCAGCAGCAUCUACUACAGGUGGACUACACACACUACAAUGUUACAGCUCGUUGCUAAAGAAACCGACACACUACAAUGUUACAGCUCGUUGCUAAAGAAACCGACACACUACAAUGUUACAGCUCGUUGCUAAAGAAACCGACACACUACAAUGCUACAGCUCGUUACUAAAGAAACCGACACACACUACAAUGUUAUGGCUCGUUACUAAAGAAACCUACCCACACUACAAUGUUAUGGCUCGUUACUAAAGAAACCUACCCACAUUACAAUGUUAUGGCUCGUUACUAAAGAAACCAACACACUACAAUGUUACGGAUCAUUACUAAAGAAACCGACACACACUACAAUGUUACGGCUCAUUACUAAAGAAACCGACACACACUACAAUGUUAUGGCUCGUUACUAAAGAAACCGACACACUACAAUGUUACGGCUCAUUACUAAAGAAACCAACCCACAUUACAAUGUUACAGCUCGUUACUAAAGAAACCGACACACACUGGGGCUCAUAGAAACACAAGUAUGUGACCAGCUGGGUUCAAACCCGUGCACCACAAGAAUGUUAACCCGCUGAGCUAGUCUAUGCAUUAACUUUGGCAGCUAAGGCAAGCUUUGACAUUUCGGACGGUUACUUGCUCAUCUCUCUCCCCCUUCUCUCUCUCCCCCUUCUCUCACUUUCUCCUCUCCUCCAUCUCUACCUACUUUCCCUCCCCUUUUCUCCAUGUCAUCCUCCUCCCCUCCUCUCCCCAGGACAGUGUGAUCACUCCGGUCCCGGCCGCUCUGACAGACUGCUACUUCCUGGAAGAGUGGGAGCGGCUUCAGGACCGCUGGGCGGAGCUAGAACUCCAGAAGCGGAGCUUCCAGAGGGAGAGACGGGCCUUCACCGACGCCGCCAUCCGAUUGGGCCACGAGGUGAGGGACCGGAAGGGAGAGCCACAAAGGAGGGGGGGGGAGGGAGUGAAAACAGGCUCCUUGGAUUGAAAGAUUAAAGGAAUGGGUGGUUAGUGAAGUGUUGUUAGACUGUGGUUAUUUUAUUAUGUAUUUACAGUGUGUGUCUGCAUGUGCAGAGGUGUGAGUUUGAGCAGCAGAGGGCCUGUGUGGUGAAGCAGCAGUAUCUGUUUGACUGUCCGUUGUGGAAGACGUUGCAGCGUCACAACAGCAGAGAGAGCACCGUCCUCAGUGAGUCAGCAUAUAUCAUGUUAUACACAUACACGACAUGACCAAAACUAUGUGGACACCUGCUCGUCCAACAUCUCAUUCCAAAAUCAUGGGCAUUAAUAUGGAGUUGGUCCCCCCUUUGCUGCUAUAACAGCCUCCACUCUUCUGGGAAGGCUUUCCACUAGAUGUUGGAACAUUGCUGCAGGGGCUUCCUUCCAUUCAGCCACAAGAGCAUUAGUGAGGUCGGGCACUGAUGUUGGGCGAUUAGGCCUGGCUCACAGUCGGCGUUCCAAUUCAUCCCAAAGGUGUUUGAUGGGGUUGAGGUCAGGGCUCUGUGCAGGCCAGUCAAGUUCUUCCACACCGAUCUCGACAAACCAUUUCUGUAUGGACCUGGCUUUGUGCACAGGGGAAUUGUCAUGCUGAAACAGGAAAGGGCCUUCCCCAAACUGUUGCCACAAAGUUGGAAGCACAGAAUCGUCUAGAGCAGGGGUAUUCAACUACUAUUUGAGAAGGUCCAGUGACACAAAUUUCCAAGGUGGCAAAGAUCCGGAUGGAUAUUGUCCUUUAUCGGCACUGUGGUACAGCGUAGUAACAAACAUAGUCGUCUACAACUUAGUUGAUAUAUCAAAUGUAAUUAAUUCAAAUUCUUAGUCUCAUUUAAUAUACAACUUGUUUCGAAUGUAAACAUGUGCAACAUUGCAUCAACAUUUCUGAAGAACAAAAGUGGUUGCAUAACUGUCUGUGCAAAAAGUGCACUGUGAACCAUUUGUACAUGGGCCUUGAAUAAAAAAAUAAAGUAUUUUAUUAAAAUAAAGUGCAUGUUUUCUGAAGAACAAAGGAGAGUUGAACAAAAAUAAUAAUCUGAAUGCACAGAACGUCACUGUGGGCCAUGCAAUAUUCAUAUAUAAGUCACUCUGGUCCUUGCCCUGCAUUAAUGAGAGAAAUUACACUUUCUGUCUCCUGCCAAUGCUGUGAACUUUGGCACAAUUGGUGUGAGAGCAACUCUGAGACACUGGUGCAGGUGUUCAUUGGUGAGCCUGGUGUGGUAUUUGUUUUUAAUAAAGUUAAUUGUGGAGAAGGCUGUUUCACAGCUGUAUGUGGAGCCAAACAUAGUCAGGAUGUCUAGUGUUACUCUUGACCCUGAUCUCUCUUUUGACGAACAUAUCAAGACUGUUUCAAGGACAGCUUUUUUCCAUCUACGUAACAUUGCAAAAAUCAGAAAUUUUCUGUCCAAAAAUGAUGCAGAAAAAUUAAUCCAUGCAUUUGUUACUUCUAGGUUAGACUACUGCAAUGCUCUAUUUUCCGGCUACCCGGAUAAAGCACUAAAUAAACUUCAGUUAGUGCUAAAUACGGCUGCUAGAAUCCUGACUAGAACCAAGAAAUUUGAUCAUAUUACUCCAGUGCUAGCUUCCCUACACUGGCUUCCUGUUAAGGCAAGGGCUGAUUUCAAGGUUUUACUGUUAACCUAUAAAGCGUUACAUGGGCUUGCUCCUACCUAUCUUUCCGAGUUGGUCCUGCCGUACAUACCAAUACGUACGCUACGGUCACAAGACGCAGGCCUCCUAAUUGUCCCUAGAAUUUCUAAGCAAACAGCGGGAGGCAGGGCUUUCUCCUAUAGAUCUCUAUUUUUAUGGAACAGUCUGCCUACCCAUGUGAGAGACGCAGACUCGGUCUCAACCUUUAAGUCUUUACUGAAGACUUAUCUCUUCAGUAGGUCAUAUGAUUGAGUGUAGUCUGGCCCAGGAGUGUGAAGGUGAACGGAAAGGCUGGAGCAACGAACAGCCCUUGCUGUCUCUGCCGGGCCGGUUCCCCUCUCCACUGGGGUUCUCUGCCUCUAACCCUGUUGCAGGGGCUGAGUCACUGGCUUGCUGGUGCUCUUUCAUGCCGUCCCUGGGAGGGGUGCGUCACUUGAGUGGGUUGAGUUACUGACGUGAUCUUCCUGUCUGGGUUGGCGCCCCCCCCUUGGUUUGUGCUGUGGUGGAGACCUCUGUGGGCUAUACUCGGCCUUGUCUCAGGAUUGUAAGUUGGUGGUUGGGGAUAUCCCUCUAGUGGUGCGGGGGCUGUGCUUUGGCGGAGUGGGUGGGGUUAUAUCCUUCCUGUUUGGCCCUGUCCGGGGGUUUCUUCGGAUGGGGCCACAGUGUCUCCGGACCGCUCCUGUCUCAGCCUCCAGUAUUUAUGCUGCAGUAGUUUAUGUGUCGGGGGGCUGGGGUUAGUUGGUUAUACCUGGAGUACUUCUCCUGUCUUAUCCAGUGUCCUGUGUGAAUUUAAGUAUGCUCUCUCUAAUUCUCUCGUUCUCUCUUUCUCUCUGAGAACCUGAGCCCUAGGACCAUACGUCAGGACUACCGGGCAUGAUGACACCUUGCUGUCCCCAGUCCGCCUGGCCUUGCUGCUAUUCCAGUUUCAACUGUUCUGCCUGCGGCUACGAAACCCCUACCUGUCCCAGACCUGCUGUUUUCAACUCUUAAUGAUCGGCUAUGAAAAGCCAACUGAGAGACCUGAGCCCUAGGACCAUACGUCGGGACUACCGGCCGUGGUGACUCCUUGCUGUCCCCAGUCCGCCUGGCCUUGCUGCUAUUCCAGUUUCAACUGUUCUGCCUGCGGUUAUGGAACCCCUACCUGUCCCAGACCUGCUGUUUUCAACUCUUAAUGAUCGGCUAUGAAAAGCCAACUGAGAUUUAUUCCUGAUUAUUAUUUGACCAUGCUUGUCACUUAUGAACAUUUUUGAACAUCUUGGCAUGGUUCUGUUAUAAUCUCCACCCGGCACAGCCAGAAGAGGACUGGCCACCCCUCAUAGCCUGGUUCCUCUCUAGGUUUCUUCCUAGGUUUUCGCCUUUCUAGGGAGUUUUUCCUAGCCACCGUGCUUCUACACCUGCAUUACUAGCUGUUUGGGGUUUUAGGCUGGGUUUCUGUACAGCACUUCGAGAUAUUAGCUGAUGUAAGAAGGGCUAUAUAAAAUAAAAUUGAUUGAUUGAUUGAUAGUGCCAGAUUCUAGAGAACAGGGACGUCCGCUGCAGGCACCAUCUUUCCCCAGAAAGGGACAGGGUCACCAUCACCAACCUGCUCCUUCAAAGCCACAUUUUCUUCACUGACCUCAUCUUUUUGUUUACCUUCAAGCAAGGUGUCAGCAACUUCACACAUGCAUUAUUUUACCAUCUCAGAGUCUGAAAAUGUUUUUUUUGUGUUUUCCCAAAACCCAAGCUAUCCUCAGUGAACACGCCGUUGCACGUUGUUGGGCUGUCAGGGAAUUGAAAAGGACUUUGGUGGACCUCUCAUAUUGGGAUUUGAGUUGUUUAAUCUUGUUUGUUCUCACCUCCGUGUUCAGAGGAUACGUCUGAUCUAAUUUACUAUGUCUGGUGUCAUAAUGGCGCUUAACACUGGCACUUUUCACGAGAGCUACGGACUCACUGCAUAUCAUCACAUUGGUUUUAUGCUAGUUGCGGGGAGAAUGAAUAAAUACUGUUCCGUCCAAACGUCUUUGAAUAUACGGUUUUCAGAGUGAAGUUUUAAAUUUUUUUGAACAAGCCAUAUUAACAAAGAUACUGGUAACUAAGCUCCUAUCUGUGAUAUUCACAGUUGAACCGCGUCAGAUAUUUCUGUUUCUUUCUGCCUGCUUGUCCCAAGGUUCCGCUGAGGAUAUUUUGAUUGUGAUUGGGUAAAACACUGCCUCUUGUAUUUGCAUAUAACCACGCGAUUGGAUUAGACAGGGAACUAGUAGAGGUGGGCGUUGCUUCGAGAGAGAGCGAGAGGUUGCUGAUUUUGAGGCCACUGCACCCGUUUUAUUUUUUAAAGCUGUCUAGAAAAUAAUGUAUUUACUUUUAUAUAACAAUGUGAUGUUGUCCCGUCCGGAUUGACCUUUCUCUGGGUCCGGACCCAGACCGCAGUCCGCCAAUUGAGUUUGGCUGGUCUAGAAUGUCAUUGUAUGCUGUAGGCGCCUAGCCCGAACCAUGAAUAACAUCCCCAGACCAUUAUUCCUCCUCCACCAAACUUUAAAGUUGGCACUAUGCAUUGGGGCAGGUAGUGUUCUCCUGACAUCCUCCAAACCCAGAUUUGUCUGUCGGACUGCCAGAUGGUGAAGCGUGAUUCAUCACUCCAGAGAACGCAUUUCCACUGCUCCAGAGUCCAAUGGCGGCGAGCUUUACACCAUUCCAGCCGAUGCUUGGCAUUGUGCAUGGUGAUCCUAAGAUUGUGUGCGGCUGCUCGGCCAUGGAAACCCAUUUCAUGAAGCUCCCGACGAACAGUUACUGUGCUGACGUUGCUUCCAGAGGCAGUUUGGAACUAGGUAGUGAGAGUUGCAACCGAGGACAGGCGAUUUUUACUCUCAGCACUCAGCGGUCCUGUUCUGUGAGCUUGUGUGGCCUACCACUUCGCAGCUGAGCCGUUGUUGCUCCUAGACGUUCCCCCUUCACAAUAACAGAACUUACAGUUGUCCGGGGCAGCUCUAGCAAGGCAGAAAUUUGACAAACUGACUUGUUGGAAAGGUGGCAUCCUAAGGCAUCCAAGUUGAAAGUCCAUUCUACUGCCUAUUUCCGUUGGUAAAGUCCAGUAAGGCCAUUCUACAGCCAAUGUUUGUCUAUGAAGAUUGUAUGGCUGUGUGCUCGAUUUUACACACCUGUCAGCAACGGAUGUGGCUGAAAAAGCCGAAUCCACUAAUUUGAAGGGAUGUCCACAUACUUUUGUCAUGUAGUGUGUAUAUUGGCCAUAUACCACAAACCCCUGAAGUGCCUUAUUGCUAUUAUAAACUGGUUACCAAUGGAAUGAAUACAGUAAAUUGCACUUUUUUGUCAUACCCAUGGUAUACGGCCUGAUAUACCACGGCUUUCAGCCAAUCAGCAUUCAGGGCUCCAACUACCGUUUUAUAAUCAACAAUGAACAUUACAUACCGCUAGAUAGCUGCAAAAGCUUUACUAGUUUGGUUUUAGCUAUACUUUUUGCUUUACUAACAGGUUUUACUAUAGCGUCGUCUUUUAGUCACUUCAGGGGAUUCAAGUGUGUGUGUGUGUGUGUGUACUCGCAGAUCUCUCAGGUUCUGAUCACAUGAUCCUGUCCGGCUGCCGCCCGGCCACGCCCUCCUCUGCCGAGUCUGGGUUCAUGCCCUGGUUAGGGUCAUCGGGGUCUCGGCAGGGCCACAGCAGGGUCAAAGUUCACACCCCCAGCACCCCAGAGCUCUACUCUGCCCUCCAACUGCCCUACAGCUGCAGGUCAGGCCCAGACAUGUCCUGACUCUGUUCCUAAUGUCACCCUGUUUCCCGAUUUGGUGCACCAGGGCUUGUAAAUUAGUGCACUAUAUAGGGAAUGGGGUGUCAUCUGAGACGUAGACCUAGUUACUGUUUAAAUCCAUCUUUCCUUCCUUCAUUCUUUGCCCUCUUUCUUCAAUUAAUCCCCAAAGGGAAAAUCAUUAUUAGUGAUUGAGGUAAUCACUGAUCUUAUAUGAUUACAGAUGGACUAUUGUUGUAGAAUGUUGUGUGUGUGUGUGUAUAUAUUUGACUGUAACUAAAUUCCUCCAUCUCACCAUUCCUCUAAUCCCGGAUUCCCCUCCACCCCCCAUCCCUCUCUCCAAACCCCAAUUUUUCCACCCUCAUCCCUCCAACUCCACAUCCCGCCAACCUCUCCUCCACCCACCUUUCCCUACCUCCAUCCACCCAUCCCUCCACCUCCCCAGGUCCAGUGAGAGUGAUGCCCAGUCAGAGUGCUUGGAUGUGGGGGCAGAGAGGCUCCAGUUUGCCCCCCCUGGUCCUCGCCUGGACUGGUCAUUUCAGUAG